AAAUUCAAGUUUGUCUCAUUUGCCUACCAUCAUUUUCUGUCUCCUAUAUAUACACAUACUAAUUAACAUACUUGAAAAGCACCACUUAACUAUAUCAUCAAAGAGAUCAAGAAUUAAAAUGACGCUCUCGUUGUUCUCAUUUCCAUCACCACCUUCCCUGUUCGCCAAUGCAAUGUCUAUUUUCAACUUGCUUGCUCUCAUUACCUCCGGUUACAUGGAAUUGAUAGGCAAAAACAAGCAGUACGCCAAGUUUUGUGAUAACGACGACACUGGUUCAAACAAGCCAAAAGCCAAGGAGAAGCUUAAGCUGCCUAGUAGAAUCGGGAUGCUUGUGUUCUAUACACCAUCAUUCCUCGUGGGUCUUGCCUCUUUCACCUUUUUUCCCCAUCAAGAUUGCCGAUUCCUUAUGGUCAUAUCUGUACUCACCAUUCAUUUCUUCAAGAGGAUCCUUGAGGUCCUUUUCGUUCACAAGUUUACCGGGUCUAUGAUGCUAAAGGAUGCCAUAACCAUCGGUUUAAGCUACGGUGUGUCAACUGCUACAAUGAUUUACGCCCAAUAUUUAUCUCAAGAAUGUCCUGAGCCUGCUUUCGAUCUUAAAUACAUUGGAGUUGUCAUGUUUUUUAUUGGAAUAACGGGAAACUUUUACCAUCAUUACAUUCUUUCGAGUCUAAGAAAGAAAGGUGAUAGAGAGUAUAAAAUCCCAAAAGGAGGAUUGUUCAAUGUGGUUAUAUGCCCACACUAUAUGUUUGAAAUUGUGGAGUUCGUAGGAGUCUGUUGCAUUUGUCAGACCGGGUGUACGUUUUGUUUCACUCUAGGCACAAUGUUCCUGUUGAUGGGGCGAAGCUAUGCCACACGAAAAUGGUAUGUUUCAAAGUUUGGCUGUAAGUUUGGGAAGGAUGUCAAGGCUCUAAUUCCAUACUUAUUUUAGAUAGUUGUCGGGUUAGUUUUAGGCGACCGGGAUUUGUCCGUUGUUGCAAAGCGUUGCUGAUGCCAUUUGAUAUAUAUACAAAAAUAAUUUAUAGUAAGAAUUGUGUUUUUAUAACACGUUACAACUUUUGAAAAAGAUUAGAGACAAGAGAAAAAUUAAGGAAACUAAUUUAUAAGAGUAAAUACCUCAAUAAAGAAAGUCAAUUUUUUACGAUGUGUUUAGUUUAUUGUUUUCAAAGGAACUUGGAGGGAUUAGAAUUUAAAUUCCAGCAAAAAUUGUGUUUGAUUGACAAAAUCAAAGACAUUGAAUUUUCUAAAUUUCAUUAAAUUAUUCAUUUUAAAAAAUUGGCCAUUUGACAAAUAUUUUAGAUUCUAUUUUUUAUGUUUUAUU